AUGUAUUUUUGGUUUUCUUUUUUUUCAAAGAUCUCAUCUAUCUAUUCAUUAUCUAUCUAUCUAUCUAUUCAAAAACCAUCUAAAAACUCAGUCUUUUCAUUAUCUAUCUAUCUAAGUUUCUUCUAUCUAUCUAAAAAUCCAAAGAAGACGAUCCUUACCCAUCUAUUUCAGUCCGUUUCUUUAUCUAUCUAUCUAUCUUUCUAUUUUAUCUAUCUAUCUAUUUUAUCUAUCUAUCUCACGAUUUUCAUUUUAUCUAUCUAUUCUAUUUAUAUCUGUUCAUUAUCUUUCUUAUCUAUCUAUCUAUCUUGCCUCUUCAUACCUAUCUAUUCAAAAAUCUUUUCAUUCUAUCUUUUUUCUAUCUAUCUAUCUAUCUAUCCAUCUAUUCUUCUAUCUAUCUUUCUUUCUCUUCAUGUUCAUCUAUCUCAUUCUGUUCAAAAUCUAUCUAUCUUUCUAUCUAUCUUUUCAGUCUUCAUAUCUAUCUCACUAUCUAUCUGUUCAUUAAAAAUCUAUCUAUCUAUCUAUCUUCUAUCUUAUCUAAACAUUUCAUAUCCAUCUAUCUCAGUCUGUUCAUUAUCUAUCUUCUAUCUAUUCUAUCUAUCUAUCUAUCUAUCUAUCUAUCUAUCUGUUCAUUAUCUAUCUAUCUAUCUAUCUAUCUUUAUCUAUCUCAUAUCUUUAUCUAUCUAUCUCAUCUGUUCUGUCCGUUCAUUUAUUUUAUCUAUCUAUCAUCUAUCUAUUCUAUCUCAUCCAAAAUCUUUCUCUAUCUAUCUUCUAUUUAUCUAUCCCAUCUAUUUUCUAUCUAUCAAAAUUUCUUCUAUCUAUCUAUCCUCAUCUCAUUUCAUCUAUCUUCAUCUUUUCAUCUAUCUAUCUAUCUAUCUAUCUAUCUAUCUAUCUAUCUAUCUAUUCCUUUCAUAUCUUCUACCCCAGUCUGCUUAUUAUUUUCUAUCUAUCUAUCUAUCUAUCUAUCUAUCUAUCUAUCUAUCUAUCUAUCUAUCUAGUCUCUUCCUCUAUCUCAUCUGUUCAUUAUUUAUCUAUCUAUAUCUAUCUAUCUAUUCUUAUCUAUCUAUCUAUCUUCAAAUCUUCAUUUAUCUAUCUUUUAAUUAUUCAUCUAUCUAUCUAUUUAUCUUUCUAUUUAUCUAUCUUUCUCAUCUUUUCUUCUUUAUUUAUCUAUUAAGUUUUCUUAUCUAUCUAUCUUCUUUCCAUCUCAUCCUUUCAUUUUCUAUCUCAGUCUUUCUUCAUCUAUUUUCUUUCUAUCUUUCUAUCCAUUAUUUAUUCAUUAUCAUCUUUCUAUUCAUUUUUCUUCUAUCUCAGUCUGUUCAUUAUCUAUCUAUCUAUCUAUCUAUCUAUCUAUCUAUCUAUCUCAUCCUUUUCAUUCCUAUCUACCUUCAGUCUUUUCAUCUAUCUAUCUAUCUAUCUAUCUAUCUAUCUAUCUAUCUAUCUAUCUAUCUAUCUAUCAUUCAGUCUCUUCAUCUAUCUCAUUUUCAUUAUCUAUCUAUCUAUCUAUCUAUCUAUCAAGCUUUCCUUCCUUCCUUCCUUCCUUCCUUCCUUCUUUCUUUGUCUCUUUCUUUCUUCCCUGUCUUUCUUCGAUUUUUUUCUUUCUUUCAACUUUUCUUUCACUUUCUUUCUUUCUUUCUUUCUUUCUUUAUCUCUGUCUUUCAUCCUUUCUUUCUUUCUUUCUUCCUUUCUUGCUUUCUUUUGUUAUUUCUCUCUCUCUCUCUUUCUUUCCUUCUUUCGUUCUUCCUGUCUAAUUCUUUCUCCCUCUCUUUCUUUCUUUUUCUUUCUCUCUUUCUGACUUUCUUUUGUUUCUUUCUUUCUCUCUCUCUGUUUCUUUCUUUCCUUCCUUAUUUAUUUCUGUCUUUCUUUAGUUAUUUCUCUCUCUCUCUCUCUCUUUAUUUCUGUCUUUCUUUAGUUAUUUCUCUCUCUCUCUCUCUUAAUUCUUUUCACUCUUUGUUUUUUCUUUUUUUAUUUUCUUUCUUUUUCUAUUCUUUUUUCUUUAACUUCUUUAUUUCUCUCUUUCUUUCUUUCUUUCUUUUUCUUUCUUUUAAGAAAAGGAAGAAAAUUCUUUCUUUCUUUCUUUCUUUCUUCUUCUUUCUUUUUUUUUUUUUUCUUUCUGUUGUUUUCUUUUCGCUCUUUCUUUCUUUUUUUCUUUCUGUCUUUCUUUUUUCUUUCUUUCAUUCUUUCUUUCUUUAUUUCUUUCUCGCUUUCUGUCUUUCUUUCUGUUUUUCUUUAAUUCUUUCUUUCUGUUUGUCUUUCUUUCUUUAUUAUUUGUCUUUCUUUUUCUCUUUCUUUCUUUCUUUCACUCUCUCUUUCUUUCUCUCUUUCUGUCUUUCUUUAGUGUUUUCUUUCUUUCUGUUUGUCUUUCUUUUCGCUCUUUCUUUCUUUCUAUCUUUGUGUCUUUCCUUUUUUUCUUUCUUUCUUUCUUUCUUUCUUUCUUUCUUUUCUGAUGCCUCCCCUUCUUUUCCUUCACUUCCAUGCUUUCUCCACCCCCGCCACUUUUAG